CUGAAGAGAGCACUGAUGACCCAUAAAGCCAGUAUGAAGGGGAGGUUUGAGACCAUAUGUGAAGGCUUUAUAAGGUCAGGGACUCAAACACUCCUGAACAAGAUCUACACAGAGCUCUACAUCACAGAGGGAGAGAGUGAAGGGGUGAACAGUGAACAUGAAGUUUGGCAGGUAGAAUCUGCAUCCAGACCACAAUCUACAGAAGACAUUGCAAUCAACUGCAAUGACAUUUUCAAGCCCUUACCUGGACAGAAGAGAUACAUCCGAAGUGUCAUGACCAAGGGUAUUGCUGGCAUUGGAAAAACAGUCUCAGUGCAGAAGUUCAUCCUUGACUGGGCUGAGGAGAGAGCUAACCAGGAUGUAGAUUUCAUGUUUGUGCUUCCAUUCCGUGAGCUGAAUUUAGUCAGAGAUGAUCAGUACAGUCUUCACAGGCUCCUGUUUGACUUCCACCCUGAGCUUAGGGAGCUACAGGAUGGUGAAUACAAAGACUGCCACAUUGUGUUCAUCUUUGAUGGUCUGGAUGAGAGUCGACUUCCUCUGAAUUUCCAAGAGAACCAUGAGUUAUCUGAUGUGACACAAACAUCAUCAGUAGACGUGCUGAUGACAAGUCUCAUUCAGGGAACUCUGCUUCCCUCGGCUCUCAUCUGGAUAACCUCCCGACCAGCAGCAGCCAGUCAGAUCCCUUCUCAAUGCAUUAGUCAGGUGACAGAAGUACGAGGGUUCAAUGACCCACAGAAGGAAGAGUACUUCAGGAAGAGGAUCAGUGACCAGAAUCAAGCCAACAGAAUCAUCUCGCACAUUAAGGCAUCCAGGAGUCUUCACAUUAUGUGCCACAUGCCAGUCUUCUGUUGGAUCUCAGCCACUGUCCUUCAGCAGAUACUGGAACAAGAUGAUGGGAAGGAAGCCCCUAAAACUCUGACUGAGAUGUUCAUACACUUCCUGCUCAUCCAGACCACCAGGAAGAACCAGAAGUAUCAAGAGGAAAGUGAGACAGAUAGACAGAAGCUCCUGGAAUCUCAUAAGGGUGUCAUAUUGAAACUGGCGGAGCUUGCUUACAAGCAUCUAGAGAAUGGCAAUCUCAUGUUCUAUGAGGAAGACCUAAGAGAGUGUGGUAUUGAUGUCAGUGAAGCUUCAAUGUUCUCUGGCAUGUGCACUGAGAUCUUUAGGGAAGAAUGUGUGUUUCACCAGAAGAAUGUCUACUGCUUUGUGCAUCUGAGCAUCCAGGAGUUUCUUGCUGCUCUUCAUUUGUUUGCCUCCUACUUGAGUAAGAACAUGGAGGUCUUGAAACCAUUUCUUAGUAGAAGGUCCAGGUCUUUGCCCAAUGUACCCCUAGAUGAGCUGCUGAAGAAUACAGUGAACAAAGCACUGGAAAGCAAGAAUGGACACCUUGAUUUGUUUGUUCGUUUCCUUCAUGGCAUUUGUCUGGAGUCAAAUCAGAGACUUUUACUUGGCCUCUUGAGCCACACACACAACAGCCCAGAGAGUGUGAGGAAAACAAUCAAGAACCUGAAGUUGAUGCAGAGACCAAAUAUCUCACCCGAGAGGUGGAUCAAUCUAUUCCACUGCUUGGUGGAAAUGCACGACUCCUCUGUUCAUGAUGAAAUCCAGGCUUUCCUGAAAGCAGAGAAAGGUGCUGUGAAACAGCUCUCACUGGUUCACUGUUCAGCCUUGGCUCAUGUGCUUCUGAUGUCUGAUGAGGUGCUGGAUGAGUUUGACCUGAACAAAUACAAAACCUCUCCAGAACGUGCCAAGAGACUGCUUCCAGCCAUGAGAUGUUGCAGAAAGGCUCUACUUUCUGGCUGUAAGCUAACAGAGACGUCCUGUGAGAUUGUGGCCUCGGUUCUGCAGUAUGCAGACUCCUCCUUAAGAGAGCUGGACCUGAGUCAAAAUGACCUGCAGACGUCAGGAGAAAAGCUGCUGUCUGCUCUACAGAGUCCAAACUGCUGUCUGGAGACUCUUAGACUUGUCGGUUGUAAGCUAACAGAGGACACUGGAGCUCAUCUUCUCACUGCCGGACUCGGUAGCCCUAACUGUAAACUGCAGACUUUAAGCCUUGCUGGCUCUAAGCUCACAGAUAAAUCCUGUAAAGUUGCUGCCCCUGCUUUGCAGUCCGCAAUCUCCCUAAAGGAACUGGACCUGAGUCACAAUGACCUGCACGAGUUUGGAUUUCAAUGUCUCACUGCAGGACUUAGUAGCCCCAACUGUAUGCUGACAAGUUUAAGGCUCAAUCUGUGCCACCUCUCUAGAGCAAGCUGUGAAAUGAUGGCGUCUGUGCUGCAAAGUGCACCUUCCCAUCUGAGAGAACUGGACAUGAGUGACAAUGACCUGCAGGAUGAAGGAGUGGAGCUGCUCUGUGUGGGACUAAGAGAUCCACAGUGCAAGUUGGAGACACUGAGACUUUCUGGUUGUCUCAUCACACACGAGGGCUGUUCUCUCUUGUCCUCUGCCCUCAAAUCGAACCCCUCCUACCUGAAACAGCUGGAUCUGAGCUACAAUCACCCAGGAGACUCGGGUGUCAGAGAGCUCACAGACAGACGGGAUGAUCCCAACUGUAAUCUACAGAUUUUGAGGUGUGACCAUGGAGGAGAGUGCAGGAUUAAACCAGGACUGAGAAAAUAUGCCUGUGAGCUCACACUGGACCCAAACACAGCACACAGAAUUCUCUCUCUCUCUGAGGGGAACAGAGAGGUGACAUAUGUGAGGGAGGAGCAGCCAUAUUCUGACCACCCAGAGAGAUUUGACUACUGUUAUCAGGUGCUGUGUAGAGAGGGUCUGUCUGGAUGCUCCUACUGGGAGGCUGAGUGGAGAGGUGAUGGGGCCGAAGUAGCAGUGGCCUAUAAGAGCAUCCAGAGAAAAGGGAAGGGUGAUGACUGUGGGUUUGGACAUAAUGACAAGUCCUGGAGACUGAGAUACUCUGGUAACAGUUACUCUGCCUGGCACAAUAAUAAUAAGAUUGCCAUACCUGACCCCUCCUCCCACUCCAGCAGAGUAGGAGUGUACCUGGACUGGCCAGCAGGCACUCUGUCCUUCUACAGCGUCUCCUCUGACACACUCACCCACCUGCACACGUUCCACUCCACAUUCAGUGAACCCCUCUACCCUGGAUUUAGGUUUGGAUAUUAUGACUCCUCAGUGUCCCUGUGCCAGAUCACAUGACCUCCUAGUCCUGCAGGAGAG